CACCUGUCUGGAGUGAAGAUCUCAGGAUCAGUUCGACUUCUGAUGGCGCUGAAUGUGGAGGUGAACUCUUGAGUUGUUUGGUUGCUAGAGAAUCAAAAAUUUUGACAGAAUGUUUGGCAGUGGAAUACUGGAUGCUGGGAUAGACCAGGCUGAGGAAAAUCCGAAGAGGGUCCCGCUAGAACGAUCAAUUUCUGAGUACAGUGAACGUGACGUGCAGUGCGGGUUUUGGGUUUGUCGGGGACGGUUCUGGCAAAGACUGGCCAGUAAGAAGCUGUACGUGUUCUUAUUCGGUAUAGUUGGAUGUUUGUUUGGUUCCACGACGGCAUACUUCUACGGAACGUUAACAACAGUUGAGAAAAGUAUACAGAUUUCAUCGAAAAAUGCUGGAAUCAUCACGGCAGGGUCGGAUCUUUCAUUCGUACUGUCAUCUUUGUUCCUGUCGUAUUAUGCGUCAAACAAAAGGAAACCUCUGUGGAUUGCGAUGGGUAUUACAAGCAUGGGACUAUCAUGCUUCGUGAAUGCUUUGCCGCACUUUCUGUUCGGGCCCAAUGUGGAUGAACUGAUGCAAAAUGUAGGAAAUGUUACGACGGGGGCAUCGAGAAUGACAGACAACUUGUGCAGAGUGGAUCGCGCACCACCAGAUUGCUCAACUGAUAUGGGGAACCUGCGCCCACAACUACUUCUGUUUUUGGGAAGUUUCCUUUCCGGAAUUGGUAGUUCAUUGUAUUUCACGCUGGGAUUGACUUAUCUGGACGAUAAUGUUCGCAAAGAAAAAGUACCAUUUUUGUCCAGUUUGUCUGCGUUCGGAAGGAGAUUAGGACCGAUGCUGGGCUAUUCUAUGGCUGCCUUAUGUCUGAAGUACUUCGUCUUCCCGGGUGUUGAUCCAGGCUAUGGGUCAUCGGACCCCCGAUGGAUUGGUGCGUGGUGGACGGGAUGGAUUGCUCUCGGUGUUUCGCUGUUUUUGGUGGCUCCUAUUUUCGCUGGAUUUCCAAAGAUUCUUCCACGAGCUGCUGAGAGAAAGUCAUUAUCACGACAAGCUAGUCGGCUUAGUGGAGCAACCGUUGAAGAGCCUGAAACCGAAACGUCUUUCUCGGAUCUUUUACUUACGGUGAAGCGAUUGAUUACUAACAAAGCAUACGUGUUCAAUAAUACGGCGAGCAUUUUCUACUUUUUUGGAUACAUGCCAUAUUUUCUGUUCCAAGCCAAGUACAUUGAAAUUCAGUACCGGCUGACGCCGUCGCAAGCAAACAUGGUAACUGGAAGUACAUCACUGGUCUUUUCCGCUUUGGGAAUUUUGAUAGCAGGAGCAGUGAUUCAAAAGAUCAAGCCAACGUCUAGGCAGUUAACGGGAUGGAAUAUUUUUACCAGUAUUUGCUCUGCAGGGCUCAUAGUAAUGUACGCCGUUUUUGGAUGCAAUGAAAUCAACAAUUCAUCGAUUGUAAGCAACUCUCAAGAUGUCAGUUGCAAUGCCGGCUGCAAUUGCGACUUCAUCAAGUAUGCUCCAAUAUGUGGAAGCGACGGAAACACUUAUCUGUCACCAUGUCAUGCUGGUUGUAAAGAACAAAUUAAACAACUCAAUGGCACGAUCCUUUACUCAGAGUGUUCGUGUAUUCAAGGCUCCCUGAAUUCCUCAUACGCCUUCUCGUCAUCUAUGCAGUUUGAGAACGCCACAGCAUCAGACCCAACAACUCUAUUAGGAGGUGCAAUUUCAGGAAGCUGUCCAGUUGACUGCAUGACCCCUUUCUACCUAUUCUUGGUGAUGGUAUGCUUGAAUAAAUUCAUUGGUGGUACGGAAUCGGCUGCCAAUUUUUUGGUUGGCCUGCGUUGCGUUGAAGAACGAGACAAAGCAAUCUCGCUAGGAUUUUCAAUGGCCAUUAAUACAUUAUUUUCGUUCCUGCCCGCCCCUAUAAUCUUCGGAAUGAUUAUCGAUCGAACAUGUGUUCUAUGGGGACGAACGUGUUCUAAACAAGGGAACUGUUGGCUGUACGAUGGACAAUCUCUGAGGACAUCUAUGAACUACACAUCAGCUGCCCUGGUCAUAGUGGGCACCUGCUUCGACGUUGGAACCUGGUGGUAUUCUAAAAAUUUCAAAAUAUUUGAUGACAAAGAGCACAAAUCCAGUGACGCAGAUCAGCAAGAUAUAUCGGAAGCGGAAGAAGCGAACCCAUUGACCAAAAACGGCGUUGAGCGCACAGAACUGACUGUAUUGAUGAAGGAACAAAAUGAGCGUGAAUAAAUAAACUAUAAUUGUCUGCCUAUUUAUAUACGAAA